AUGUCUAAAUCACUAACCACAAGGCCCGAGGAUGCCCCUGUUGCCACCGAUAUGCAGAUUACCGACGGUGAGAUCCAGUCCAACUGGGAGGAGGUUUACGACAACUUCGACAACAUGGGCCUAGCGCCUGAGCUUCUCCGUGGUGUAUUCGCCUACGGUUUUGAACGUCCCUCGGCUAUUCAGUCGCGCGCGAUUGUGCCUGUCAUUAAGGGUCACGAUGUAAUUGCUCAGGCCCAGUCUGGUACGGGUAAGACCGCUACUUUCUCGAUUGCCAUCCUGCAGCGUAUUGACCCGAACCUUAAGGCUGUGCAGGCUCUUGUCCUCGCCCCGACUCGUGAGCUGGCUCAGCAGAUCCAGAACGUCGUUGUGGCUCUGGGUGACUACAUGAACAUUCAGUGCCAUGCUUGCAUUGGUGGUACAAACGUGCGUGAAGACAUGGCUCGGCUCAGCGAUGGCGCUCAAGUGGUUGUUGGUACGCCUGGUCGUGUGUACGAUAUGAUCAAUCGCCGUGCUUUCCGGACCGACCACCUUAAGAUGUUCUGUCUGGACGAAGCUGACGAGAUGCUUUCUCGCGGUUUCAAGGACCAGAUGUACGAGGUGUUCCAGCUUCUGCCUCAGGACACCCAGGUCGUGCUUCUUUCCGCUACUAUGCCCGAGGAUGUGCUGGCCGUGACCAAAAAGUUUAUGCGCGACCCUGUUCGCAUUCUGGUCAAGCGCGAUGAGCUGACGCUUGAAGGUAUCAAGCAGUUCUACAUUGCCGUUGAAAAGGAGGAAUGGAAAUUCGAAACACUUACUGAUCUCUACGAGACCGUAACUAUUACUCAGGCCGUGAUCUUCUGCAACACUCGUCGCAAGGUCGACUGGCUUACGGAGCAGCUCCACGCUAAGGAAUUCACUGUGUCGGCCAUGCAUGGUGAUAUGGACCAGCAGCAACGUGAAGUAAUCAUGCGUGAAUUCCGUUCGGGUUCUUCUCGUGUGCUGAUCACCACUGAUCUGCUGGCCCGUGGUAUCGAUGUCCAGCAAGUGUCGCUGGUAAUUAACUACGAUCUUCCUACAAACCGUGAGAACUACAUCCACCGUAUUGGUCGUGGUGGUCGUUUCGGUCGUAAGGGUGUUGCGAUUAACUUUGUCACUGAGGAUGAUGUGCGCAUGAUGCGUGACAUUGAGCAGUUCUACAACACCCAGGUUGAGGAGAUGCCUCUCAAUGUGGCUGACCUUAUCUAA